AUGCCCAACACCGACAGCACAGGUGGACCCGUACAUAUCCGCCACGAUCCUGUGGUGUUAAAGCUAUCUUCGUCAUUGCAGCUCCAUCUUUCGCUGUUGACGUAUGCUGCUUACACGAUGAUCGGCAUAGCAUUGCUUUGGCCGUGGAAUUGCUACUUGUCUGCGUCGGCUUAUUAUGGAGAUCGAUUUAGCAGUUCUCCCACGCUAUCAAAAGCGUACUCUUCUACGUUUAUGCUGAUCAGUACGGUCACAACAAUGUUGUACUCAUACUACUUAUCCCAAAAACAAGAAGGCGUGAAUUACCAUAGAAGAAUCUUCGUUGGUUUGAUCAUCACGAUUGCCAUCUUCGCCUUCUUAGCAUUGACGUGUUUUGCAAAAUUCUUCAUCUUCAUGAACGACUAUAGCUUCUUUGGGCUUCUCAUGCUCACAGUGCUCCUUAGUGCGAUGGCGUCCAGCUUAGCUCAAAAUGGCGCUUUGGCGUCGGCAAAUGUGCUUGGAAGUGUUUACACGAACGGCGUGAUGGUGGGCCAGGCGAUCGCCGGAGCCCUUCCUCCUUUGGCCCUCAUCUGCUCACUUUUGUUGACUGGAGUAAAUAAACUGGACUCUGAUAUUGGCGAACAUCAUCCUCACAAGGCGCCAAAUGCCGGGCUUACGCUAUACUUUCUCAGCGCCUGCCUUGUGGCGUUUUUGUCUGUCUCGAUGCUCAUCUUAUCCAAUCGUUAUAAGAGGUUGCACACAUACACGCCGUUGGAGAGUGUAGCAGCAGACGAGGAGGAGGGAGAGCCAAUUCACCUUUUACAGAAGAAGCAUGUGCCGUUCUCGGUCUUGUGGGGAAAACUCAAGCUCAUUGUAAUGACCAUCUUUUUGACCUUCUGCAUCACUUUGGUUUUUCCUGUUUUUGCAUCUACCGUUACCAGUGUUCAAGAAAAUCCUUCACUUACUAUUCUCAAGAAAAGCAUCUACAUACCGUUCAUUUAUUUGAUGUGGAAUAUGGGGGAUUUGAUCGGACGUGUACUCUGUGGCAUGCCCAAUUCGAGGUUUCUCGUACAAGACCCUAAAACGUUGAUCACUUACGCCAUUGUCAGAGUAUUUUUCAUCCCGUUAUUUAUGACCUGCAACAUCCACCCUGGCACAUCGAACCCCAUGAUCUCGUCUGACUUGUGGUACAUCCUCCUCCAGUUUCUCUUUGGAUUGUCAAACGGUCAAUUGUGCACUUCGUGCUUUAUGGUUAUUGGAGACAAUUGCACCACCGACGACGAGAAGGAGGCUGCCGGCGGUUUUGCCACAGUUUUUCUUACUUUUGGCCUAGCCGUGGGCAGUUUGCUCAGUUACCUCUUUGUCCCCGUAGUUGGGUAG